AUGGCUAGACUGUUGAUCUUCCUACCUACCGUCUGCGCCUUCAUCGCCUUCAUACUGAGCAUAUUAUGUCUUUUUGCGGGGACGAAGAAGGAUAUCCUCUCGGGGGCGGAUAUUCUCACAAUCUACACAUCUACAUUAGCAGCGAAGAAACCGGGGAUGCACGAUUUCUACUCGAUACACGUUAUGUCCUAUUGCGAGGGCUUCCUUGAUCUCAACGAGACGGGUCAACGAAAGAACCUGACGGGUUGCUCGGAUCGUACCGCGCUCUUCUCAUUUAAUCCGUCCGAAUUGCUUUUGGAAGAAACGGGAAAUACUACUUCGCUGGCGGACAUGGGAUGGCCAACCGCUGUCAGCGACGAUUUCCGCGCCUUCAGGAUCACCAGCAAGAGCAUGGGAGUCUUCUACUGCAUUGGAGUAGGGACUGCCGGUCUGGUCAUUCUGGCGAGAUUGUGGUUUCUUCUAGUCAAGGGACCACGGCAGACGAUUGCUGAGGUGUCUGUUCUUCUGAUCAGUUUCAUCAGCCUCAGCAUUGCCUCGAUAGUCGCAACCGUGAUCGCAUUCCAAUUCGUCAACCUCGUCAACUACCAUGGCAAACAUUCGGGUGUGACCGCCAAAUAUGGCAACCAAUUUCUAGGCAUGACAUGGGCGGCUGUCGGGCUGUUGCUCGUUGGCGGGAUCGCGAGUUUGCUGUUUGUCCUCGUCGACCGUUCCCGACCUGAUCCGAGACCCGAACCCGAGGCGGAAGCCGGAAACGAGGCCAAGGAUCCGGUCCUGUAUCUUGAGGAGGAUUCGGAUUCGGUGAAGACCAAAGUGAACACGGAUCGAUGA